UUGGGCCCAAAGAAGCUCAGCUGAACAGUGUUUUGGGAUAAGAUAUUCCUGCAAAGUGUGCUUCGCCGGGAGGAAGCAGACUCCAUUCCCUCCAUGGCGGCAACGGCUAUCUCUUCAAUGCUAGUUCCUCCAAUUCCGCUCAAUUCACCCCUUAUUCCCUUCAAACCUCGAACUCCCUCUCUGCAUUUCCAAAACGGCAAGCUAUUCAUUCGUGAAAUUUCCCCGUCCCGAGGUCGGGUCACUGCGAAGCCGCCGUCGUGCUCCGCCUCCGGCGCCACCGCAGUUGAAGAAUCGUUAGGCAUCGACGCUCUCCAGCGCUUCAUCGAUCUUAAUAAGGGCAACUGGACCGGUUCUUUCCAUCAAUUUGAUAGUCACGGGAACUUGCUGCACAGUAUUAGUACGAAGCUUGCAGUGGGAUCUUACGGUGAAGAUGAACUCAUCAGCUUAAUUCAAACGUUAUAUAUCAGACAACCUCAAUCCACCACUUCAUUCUCAGGAGAAGAUUAUGAAACAGAGUGGUAUGAGUACAAAAUUAAAGAAACAAACCUGUUUACUGUGGAUAAAUAUCAGCAGAUAGGCUUUUUCCCAAAGGAGAAGGCAUUUGCAUUGAGGUAUCAAACGGCUGGCAUGUUAGAAACAGCAUUAAGACAAGGAGUGUUGGGUGAAGAUGAUGUUGAGGAAGAGUCACCUAGAAACCUAAAGAUUCCUUCCAAAAAACCUUCUAUUGUAUGUGAAAGUUGUCUUUAUUCAGUAGAGAAGGACAUGCGUGUAAGAGCAUUUCAUAUCAUGGACCCAAAAGGUAUCCCAGAAAUGCUUCUAGUUUUCCUCGAAGAAAGAGGUGGUAGAGACCUUACCCAUCCUACCUUUGACAAAUCUAAGGAUGAAGUAAACAGGAUUUCCCCACAUCUUGGUAAAUGGAAUGGUUACUCUAUCACUAAGCGUACUGGUGUUUAUGGAGCAACAGUAGAGGAAGCAGAUACAAUUGCUUUAUUUGAAAUGAACAAGGAUGGUCAACUAAUCCAGGAUAUUACUUCCACAUCUUCUACAAAGAAUGUUACCACUAAUCUACGUUGGACUGGUACCAUUUCUGGCAACUUGGUCUCAUUUGAUGAUGGUGCUUUCCAGUUUAUAUUAUUACCAGGUGGCAUGUACAUGGGAUGCCCAACUGAUCUCGCAAAAAGUGUGCAUGAAUCCAAGUCAUUUCAUCUGGAGUUCUGUUGGCUCGAAUCACCUGACAAGAGACAGAGACUGGUCCGCACUUUCGACAUGGAAGGCUUGGCCGUAUCGUCAACAUAUUUCUUUGAGACAAAACUUUAAGUAUUAUUUUCUACACUUCCAUGGCUUCAAUAUUCUGAUUCAUAAAAGGUUGUAUUACUACCACUAUUGCCUUGUGCAAAUUCUUGACUUGCCCAAUUGAUCCGUGUAAUCUUAACACUGAAAGUAUCAUAAGAAUGAAAACCUCAAAAAUAGUCAUUGUAUAUCUGUUAUCUGUUAUGAAUGUUUAAGUCCAAUUGGAAUGUAUAUCUGUUAUCUGUUA